AUGACCUCAAUCUCCGAUGACGAAUUCGACGACCUUUACGACUAUGAUGAAUCCCUCGAGGCCGAGAUUCAGAGGCUCGAGAACCAGAUGGCUGCAAGACCGACGACAGUCCGAGAGAAGGAGACGGUGACUGUAGCAUAUGAGACGGAGCGGCAACAGCCAGGCGGCAUCGUCAAGGAUGAAGUUGAUGCCCCUGAACUUGCGUUGUCCCAGAAUUCCGCGUUCGAGGAAGAGCUCGUCGACCAGGUUACCUCGCUGCUACACCCCGAGUCUGUGGAAGAAUCUCAACAGGCCAAUUUCGAACCGGAUAUUAAAAUCAUACCGAUCUCGGUGGAUGAGGACGGGAACUUGCUAGAGGCGGUACAGAUCGCUAGGGACGAUCGAAGCUUGUUCCAGCGCUUCAGGAAACGAGAAUUCUUCAGCGUGUCCGACCUCGUUGGCCCCCUGUGGUGUGAAGUCCAGUACGAUUACCGGCUACGCUCGAAGCCGUACCUCAAGCCGGAAGAUCGACCCGACAUUAUCGUUAGUCGGGAAGGCAAACAGAUACCCCUGAACAAAGUUAAAGCCGGCGACCACGAGAAGAUCAUGAAGCGAGGCGAAGUGGUACACAAGAAGCUGGAGAAAGAGAUCCAUCCUGUCGAAGUGAAAGUGACAACCACAACCAGAGAAGACGUUUGGGGCUUGCGGUUCUUGAAUAUGCUUUCGAGCUUGCAAGCCUUGCUUGACAUCGGGAAGUGUCGAGAGCUACCUGUGGUUGGCUUUGUGUGCGGCUUCAUGGUAGUCGGCGUCAUUGACGAGCUUGUUCUGGAUAAGAUAGCAACACCCGAGGAUGCACGAACCAAUUCUCCGGAAAGAAAGUCCCAACGCCUUUUGACAUCGUUCUUCGCAUCGAACCCUGAAUCCAAGGCUCGUAGGUCGAGCAAGAGGACUCAUCGCUUGCUGGUCUCUGACUCAAAAACAAGAGCGAGCGGGACGUUGCCGCGGUUGGAUACCGCCAGAAGCGGUAUGAUGCAACUCAUGUGCUACAAGGAGAUUCUAGAUGGCAUGCUGGCGGCCUCCAAUGAGCGGCAUAUCCCUGGCAAAUGCUCUCAGGUCGCUGGACUGCCAAUUGAUGGAGAUGCUGCGUCCGGAAGUCAGGCUUGCCCGAUAUCGAUUGACGAGGACUCGCGAGUUGACUCUGAGCAGGCCGGCAGUGAGACAUUACAGCAACCUGCCGAUUCAGAUUCAGCACCCCAGAUCGAUCUAUCGAUCUCAGGAAAUCAACCGUUUGAAGAGUUCUCAUGGAGCCUUUUGUUCCGCCAUCUUCACCUCGACCCAACCGCCAAGCUCUCGGAAGACUUUCUGAUCGAAUCUCGGAGCGUCAUCCACGGGAACGGUCUCGAGCCACGCCUGUUCGAUGGAAAAUGCCUCUGGGACUACGUUGAUUGUUGGGUGGAUCUUGUCAAGCGGCUCGGAUUGGGUCAGGCUGGGGUUGACACGGAGGGUAACUUUGGUCGAAGCGAAGAUCGCCUUGAGCUGGUCUACAGGAACGUUCGGACGACUUCUACAAAGGUCGACCAUAAGCGCAAAUCGAGACGGGUCAAGGGAGAGGAACAACAAACCUCGAGUUCCGUAUUAUCUGACGAGCCAAUGCACAUGGUGGGAUCUACGGCCGACCAGUUGCAAGCGACAGAGGAAGAACGCCUGCUCGCGCUGGCCAUAGAAGAGAGCUUGAAGGAUCUGCCUGCGGAAACAAGUGUCGAUGCGAGCUUCGCGGAAAUCCAGGGACUGCAAGACACUCCGUUACCUUCGAGAGUCGGUUCGGAGCCAAAUCAAGCACAAGCACCUUUACUGGAUCUUUCGGCCAAGAUUCAAGCCGAAGUGGUACAUAACCCUGCCGAUCCUAUGUCGUCGAGCUCCUCCCUGCCAGAGGCCGGCGAGACAGGCAAGGCUGCUCAUGAAUUCGAGACCUCAAAAGGUACCAUCGACCUUGAACGACCGACUACUACACGUUCGACCGAAGCCACGCCCUUGAAACCGGAAAAAAAGAGCAAGCGAAAGCGACCCAAAGACGGCAGCAUCAUUGGAUCGCACGUCUUCACUCACGAUCGGGUCUUGCUCGCCAAGAGCCUCGAAAGCGUCCUGCGCUUUUGGAUGGGCGUCAGGCAGCCCGAAGGGGUAGGGAUCGAGAACGUCAGUCGGUGUGGGUGGUGCGAGUUUGAAGAGGGUUGCGAGUGGAGGGACAUGAAGGCCAAGCAGGCUGCGGCCAAGAACAGAGCGCAGAUGAAGAGAGAAUGA